CGAUGGAGCGCGACGGCUGCGCAGGGGGUGGGAGCGGCGGCGGCGAGGGCGGCCGCGUUCCCCGGGAGGGCCCGGCGGGGAACGGCGACCCGAGCGUCGGUCGCGCCGCCGCGGCGCCCGGGGACGGGCAGGCGGCUGAGUCCUUGCUGGCCCCCAUGGAGGUGGGGGAGGAGCCGCCGGAGAAGGCGGUGCGCGCCCGCACGGCCAAAGACCCCAACACCUAUAAGGUGCUCUCGCUGGUAUUGUCAGUCUGUGUGUUAACAACAAUCCUUGGUUGUAUAUUUGGGUUGAAACCCAGCUGUGCCAAAGAAGUGAAAAGUUGCAAAGGUCGCUGUUUUGAGAGAACAUUUGGCAACUGCCGCUGUGAUGUUGCUUGCGUUGACCUUGGAAACUGCUGUCUGGAUUACCAGGAGACAUGUAUAGAACCAGAACGUAUAUGGACUUGCAGCAAAUUCAGGUGUGGGGAGAAAAGGUUGUCCAGAAGCUUGUGCUCCUGUUCAGAUGACUGCAGGGACAAGGGCGACUGUUGUGUCAACUUCAGCGCCGUGUGCCAAGGAGAGAAAAGUUGGGUAGAAGAAACUUGUGAGAGCAUUAAUGAGCCACAGUGUCCAGCAGGGUUUGAAACGCCUCCUACCCUCUUAUUUUCCUUGGAUGGCUUCAGGGCAGAAUAUUUACACACCUGGAGUGGCCUUCUUCCUGUUAUUAGCAAACUAAAAAACUGUGGAACGCACACCAAAAACAUGAGACCAGUGUAUCCAACAAAAACUUUUCCCAAUCACUACAGCAUUGUCACUGGACUUUAUCCAGAAUCCCAUGGCAUAAUUGACAAUAAAAUGUAUGAUCCCAAAAUGAACGCUUUCUUUGCACUUAAAAGUAAGGAGAAAUUUAAUCCUGAGUGGUACAGAGGAGAACCAAUUUGGCUCACUGCUAAACAUCAAGGCCUGAAAAGUGGUACAUUUUUUUGGCCAGGAUCAGAUGUGGAAAUUAAUGGAAUUCUCCCAGACAUCUAUAAAAUGUAUAAUGGUUCAAUACCAUUUGAAGAAAGGAUUUUAGCUGUUCUUAAGUGGUUGCAGCUUCCUAAAGAUGAAAGACCACACUUUUACACUCUGUAUUUAGAAGAACCAGAUUCUUCAGGUCAUUCGUAUGGACCAGUCAGCAGUGAAGUCAUCAGAGCAUUGCAGAGGGUUGACAACAUGGUUGGCAUGCUGAUGGAUGGUCUAAAGGAGCUGAACUUGCAUCGAUGCCUGAAUCUUAUCCUUAUUUCAGAUCAUGGCAUGGAACAAGGCAGUUGCAAGAAAUAUGUAUAUCUGAAUAAAUAUUUGGGAGAUGUUAAAGAUAUUAAAAUUAUAUAUGGACCUGCAGCUCGAUUGAGACCCUCUGAUGUCCCAGAUAAGUACUUUUCAUUUGAUUAUGAAGACCUUGCCAGAAAUCUUUCUUGCCGGGAACCAAACCAGCACUUCAAACCUUACCUGAAACAUUUCUUACCCAAGCGUUUGCACUUUGCCAAAAGUGACAGGAUUGAGCCCUUGACAUUCUAUUUGGACCCUCAGUGGCAACUUGCAUUGAAUCCUUCAGAAAGGAAACAUUGUGGAAGUGGAUUCCAUGGCUCUGACAAUUUGUUUUCAAAUAUGCAAGCCCUCUUUAUUGGCUACGGACCUGGAUUCAAGCACAGCCUUGAGGUUGACUCCUUUGAAAAUAUCGAAGUCUAUAAUUUAAUGUGUGAUUUACUGAAUUUGACACCUGCUCCUAAUAACGGAACUCAUGGAAGUCUUAACCACCUUCUAAAGAAUCCUGUUUACACCCCAAAGAAUCCCAAAGAAGUCCACCCCGUGGUACAGUGCCCCUUCACAAGAACCCCCAGACGUAACCUUGACUGCUCGUGCCAUCCCUCAGUCUUGCCAGUUGUGGAUUUUGAGAUACAGUUGAAUUUGACUGUGGCAGAAGAGAAGGUUAUUAAGCGCAGCACUUUACCUUAUGGAAGACCCAGAGUUCUCCAGACGAACACCUCGGUCUGUCUUCUCUACCAGCACCAGUUUGUGAGUGGUUAUAGCCAUGACUUCCUGAUGCCCCUUUGGACCUCUUACACCGUCCACAGAAAUGACAGUUUCUCUGCAGAAGACAUUUCCAACUGUCUUUACCAGGAUCUUCGAAUUUCUCUUAGUCCUGUCCAUAAGUGUUCAUUUUAUAAAAAUAACGCUGAGCUGAGUUAUGGGUUCCUCUACCCACCACAACUAAAUAAAGGUUCAAAUCAACUAUAUUCUGAAGCAUUGCUGAAUACUAAUAUAGUGCCAAUGUACCAGAGUUUUCAAGUUAUAUGGCGCUACCUUCACGGCACCCUUCUGCAGAGGUAUGCGGAAGAAAGAAAUGGCGUCAAUGUUGUCAGCGGUCCCGUGUUUGACUCUGAUUACGAUGGAUGUUAUGAUUCCUCGGACACCCUGAAGGGAAACAGCAGACUGAUCCGUAAUCAAGAAAUUCUGAUCCCAACUCACUUCUUCAUUGUGCUGACAAGUUGUAAAAACACAUUCCAGACUCCCUCCCAGUGUGAUGAUUUAGACAGCUUAGCUUUCAUUUUGCCUCACAGGACUGACAACAGUGAGAGCUGUGUGCAUGGGAAGCAUGAGUCUUCGUGGGUGGAAGAGUUAUUGAGGUUACACAGAGCUCGGAUCACAGAUGUUGAACACAUCACUGGACUCAGCUUCUAUCAGGAAAGGAAAGAGCCAAUUUCAGACAUUCUAAAGUUGAAAACACAGUUGCCAACCUUUAACCAAGAAGACUGAUAUUUUUUAUUCCAAAAACACACCAUAAAUGUUUCUGAAAGAACCUUUUAUUUUAUACAGCCCUCUAUUCACGCUGUCGCCUUGUUUGGAAACUGCCGACCAGAGUUAGAGCUGAGAAUCCUCUGUGAUAAACCGUCUCAGGGAACCUCACGGCCUCUGCCCGGCAGUAGAAAAAUACUCUUAUUGAGCCUCGCACAUGUUUGAAUGUGUAAGAGUUGUUCCAAUUUGGGAAAUAAAGACAGACCAUUCCUAAAACUGCUCUUCUACUUCUCUUAAGGGCAGAAGUAGCUGUGAACCUUGUCUGGACACCAGAUAUUUGAAUUUUAUUUUCACUAAUAAACUUUUCUGGAACUGACCACCAGGACACUAAUGGAUAG